GUAUGUACGUAAUGUAAUAUGGCCGGUAGCCAUCCUAUGAAGACGUGAUAUGAGGAUAUGGCUUACAUUCUUGCUAAGUUCGGUAAACGCCGAUAUGAAUCUUUAAUUUCGUUUUUGGUUGUCGGGUCAGCAGAUUUAUGUCAAAAGGUUUCUCAAGGAUUACAUCAAAGUGUAAAAGGAAGACAAUGGAAUAUUGUGGUGCACCAGUGUGAAUUUGUUAAUGAAGUAGUAAAGGUAGAAGUUGAUAUUACAGUAGAUUUCAUUAUUUUUGUAUUUGAUUGGAGAUUUCAAUCUUUGUCUGAGGUAGAAGCAAAUAUAAACCUCAUAGAUGAGCAUUAUAUAAUCGCUGGAGCCACGUGUUUAGUAAAUUGCAAGGAGACUUCUAGUAGUAUGGGAUUGAUUUCCCAUAAAUCAGCAAAGCUACGGAAUAAAUAUAAUAUCAGAUUUUUAUCUGCUAAUGUUUCUAAAUUACAAAGUUGUGUUCAGCUAGGUAACAGAAUAUUGAACAUAGCAGAGGCAAUACUUGGUAUUACUAGCGGAAUUCCCACUAUUGGGUUUUCAAUAUAAUACGUUUAAAGUUGUAUAUAUAAUACUGAAAUGAAAAAGACGAGUAAUAAGGGUCAAACAUAUGCAUCGAGUCAAGAAGAUAGUGAAAAUGAUAGCGAUGAAACUGAAUGCAGCAUUGGUAGUAAUUCGACAGCAGGUACUCAUCGUAGUGACACACCUACACGCAGCGCACGUUACAGAAGGAAAGGAAGACGUAGAAGUAAAACUACAAAAUAUAAGUCUUGCACAGAUAAGCCCCUUUAUAAAUAUUGCUGCAGUAUUAAGGAAGAUCAUGGACAACCGUUGUUUGGUGUACAGUUCAAUCAUCAUUUAAAGGAAGGAGAGCCAUUAAUAUUUGCUUCUGUAGGAAGCAAUCGUGUAAGCAUUUACGAGUGUCCCGAAGGGGGUAAUAUCAGACUACGUCAGUGCUAUGCGGAUCCUGAUCCGGAAGAAAAUUUUUAUACUUGUAUUUGGACUUACGAUGAUUCUGGAAAACCUCUAUUAGCAGUGGCAGGAUCACGUGGUGUUGUUAGAGUCAUUAGUCCUGUAACUAUGACUUGUAUUAAGCAUUAUAUUGGACACGGCCAUGCAAUAAAUGAAUUAAAAAUUCAUCCUAAAGAUCCCAAUAUAUUGCUCUCAGCAUCAAAGGACCAUGCUCUCAGGUUAUGGAAUAUAAAAACUGAUGUCUGUAUAGCAAUUUUUGGCGGAGUCGAAGGCCAUAGAGAUGAAGUUUUAAGUGCAGACUUUGAUAUGAAAGGGGAACGUAUCAUCUCAUGCGGCAUGGAUCAUGCUUUGAAAUUAUGGUCAUUGGAUAAACCGGAUAUGCAAGAAGCAAUAAAACAAUCUUAUUACUCUAAUCCUACCCGUAACGGAAGACCUUUUGAUUCCAUACUGCAACAUUUUCCAGACUUCACUACACGAGAUGUACAUCGUAACUACGUUGAUUGUGUUAAAUGGUAUGGUGACUUUAUUUUAAGCAAAUCUUGUGAAAACUGUAUCGUAUGUUGGAAACCAGGACGUCUCGAAGAUUCUCAACUACGUAAUGGAGAAACAAGUGCCACAGUUUUACAUCGAUUUGAAUUUAAAGAAUGUGAUAUAUGGUUUAUAAGGUUUUCAAUGGAUUUUUGGCAACGCACAAUAGCUUUAGGAAAUCAAGUUGGCAGAACAUAUGUAUGGGACUUAGAGGUUGAUGAACCUGGACAAGCACGGUGUUAUUCCCUUCAUCAUCCUAGAUGUACUGCCCCUAUACGACAGACAAGUUUAAGUAGAGAUGGCUCAGUGCUAUUAUGUGUUUGUGAUGACGCCACUGUAUGGAGAUGGAACCGUGAACAUUAAUAGUUAUAUAAUAUAUAAAAAUGUGCCUUCAUACUUACAGAAUGUACCACAUUAAGCUUACUGCCUUUUAAUAUGGAGUAUUAUAAAAUAACUCUUAUCAAUAA